UGGAAAUCUAAAUGUCAGGGAUGAAUGGAAUGAGAACGAUCGUCCUCGUUUCCUUGCAAACUCUGUAAACUCUAUUUAAAGUUAAUGAAUUCCUUCGUUUCCUAGAGAAAAAAAAAAUCCUAGAGAAAAAAAGAAAAAAUAAAAAAAUAAAUUGGUUGUUAUUUUGGGCCUAAAGUACAAGUAGCAUAAGGAAACCAUCGACCCAAUUCAUAACCAGCAAUAAAAGAGUAAAGACAUCCUCCUUCUGUUCAGCAGAACUCUCCGGCGAACGAAAAUCCCUCUCUAGUUCAAAUCAACUGGUGAAUCAUUUCUCUUCUUCUUCUUGGUUUCGAUGGGGAAGAUCAACAGGAAGAGGAAACGGCAGGACGAAAACCAGAAAAACAUCCCAGACGAGUCAAUUCCACCUGCUCCUUAUGUUAUUGUUGUUCAUGGACCUCCCAAGGUUGGGAAAUCCUUGUUGAUCAAAUCUCUAGUAAAGCAUUAUACCAACCAUGAACUUACUGAUGAUGACACCCGACGCCCCAUUCGAAUCGCCGUCAAAUCAGGUGAACAAUAUAGACGAAUACAGUUUGUGGAGUGUCCUAAUAAUGUCAAUGGCAUGAUUGAUGCUGCAAAGUAUGCUGAUGCAGUCAUAUUCGUCAUCGACGUGAGUUAUGGGUUUGAAAUGGAAACACUCGAGUUUGUUAGCCUUUUAAAAGUUCAUGGCAUGCCCAAGGUUAUUGGGGUGUUUACACAUCUUGACUGCUUUUUAAAUAAAGAUGUAAAGAUUGAAAAAAUGCGAACAGCGCGUUUCAAAAAACUUUUUAGGAAUGAAAUACAUGAAGAAGCACAAAUAUUCUGCUUAUCUGCUCCAGAUGAAGAUGAAAAGAUAUACCAGGUGCUUGAUGUUUCCAAACUUGCAAGCUUCAUAUUGGGUAUGGAAUUCCAUCCUAUAUCAUGGCGAGCUGCACAUCCUUAUGUGCUGGUGGAUCGUUUUGAAGAUGUCACUGCUACAGAAAGCUCGCACAUGGCUACAGCUUGUGAAAGAGACAUAAUUUUUCAUGGUUAUCUCCGGGGUUGUGAUAUCAAGAAUAAAGGAACUAAGGUGCAUAUCGCCGGCAUCGGUGAUUUCCCUUUAGCUGGGACAGGCAUAGCGGAACAUCGCCUAGUACCACAUAUUGAUGAUCUGAAGAUGCAGAUUGAUGAGGAAACUCACACGAAGAAAGAGAUUCUUAGAGUAGGGUCUUAUCUAAAGUUUAAGAUCUGCGAUGUUCCUUCUGAGAUUGUUAAGAAUCGUGAUCCUUGGCAGCCUAUUCUUGUUGGAGGUAUCAGCGAUAGAGAACAAAAAGUCGGACUUGUCUCGUCUGUGUUUCUUUUCCAGGCGAGAUUUGAGAGACACAGUUUGCAUUUAAAAUCAUUGAGGACAAAUGAUGAUAUCAUUGUUUCAGUUGGUUGGAGAAGGUACCUUACGAAACUUAUCUAUGACCCGAAAGACUUGAGUCUCGAUUCCACUCCUGAAGACAAGCCCUGUUCUGCAAGUUUUUUGGGCCAUUUCGCAACUCGUAGAUCUGGAGUUGUUGCUCUACAGAGUCUGGCAGAUAGCAAGGCAGCUUUUCGUAUUUUAGCAACCGGUAAAAUACUUGCUUUUAAGGGUUUCCGUAUACCAAGGACGAUAGUGAGUGAACAUAUGACAGCCCCGGAACCGCGCGAUCGUGUUUGGACAGCCGACACGGAGGAAAGCGAGAAAAGUCGAGCACAUGUGGUGUGGGGUUCUCGGGAAAGAAUGAUAGCAGACGAGGAUAUGAGACAAAAGAUGUCAGAGGUACUAGAGGAUAAGCUCAAGCUUACUUGUCAGAAGCGGAAGACGGAUGAACCACGGCGCGCUGUGAUCAUCCUCGAACGCAUGUAUUUUGGUAACCGGGCAGAAUUUCUUGAGGCGUAUCAGAGAAAGAAGGAGGAAGAUAUUCGUAAUAAUAUACCUCGUGGGAUGCCUACUAGAUUUUUCCAGACAAAAACAGGGAGCACUGCUGUUGCCAAUUAAGAGAUUGUGGAUGAUAGAGUUGAUUAAGGAGGACCGGGAAGGAAGAAUAUGGAGCGAAUAUUAGUUGUGAAGGACUACUAUUAUUGCGUUUGUUAGUUCCUGUGGUUCUCUUUAUUAAAAUUGGUCUGUGAAUCUGGCAUUAGAAUAUCUGUAUUUUGUUACCCGUUGGUUAGUGAUUGGCAUGUUUUGUUGUGUUUUUAAUCUGGAUUAGCUUCAUUAGGGAAGACAAAUCCUGUUUAGACAGAAUGUUAUUUAUCUUUUUUUAUUUUUUUAUUUUAAAAUCGACACGGGAGAGGGACAAUACAUAUUGGUUUUUUUAUAUUAGAAUAAAGAAAACGGCCGACAACCGCUAGCUCCUUU